CUCCCAGAGUGCACUGCGCCGCCUAGCGCUUUGGUUUGGAGGCGGGCGCGAGGCGGAGUCGAUAUUUUGGUUUUGCGGGGCGCCAUGACAACGGGAGGAAAGAUGGCGGCGCUGAGGAGAGGCUAGGCUGCAGUUGCACCGAAGAGGCAUUGCUGUUGCUGAGGGGAGCCUCAACUUUCGCUUGGCUUCCCUCACGGGCGGGAAAGAGGACCGUCUCUGGGCCUGAGGGAAGAUGUCUUUAUUUAAGGCCCGUGAGUGGUGGUCUACAGCAGUUGGCAACAAUGAAGAAUUUGAUCAAGGAUGUUUAUGUGUUGCUAAUGUUGACAAUAGCAGUAAUGAGCAAGAUAAAAUUAUUGUGGGCAGUUAUAUGGGGUUUCUUAGAAUCUAUAAUCCACAUCCAAUAAAACCAGGAGACUCUGUGCAACCUGAAGAUUUGUUGUUGGAAGUGCAAUUACGUGAUCCAAUACUGCAGGUGGAAGUAGGAAAAUUUGUUUCUGGUACGGAACUGCUUCAUUUAGCUGUACUACAUUGCAAAAAGUUGUGUGUAUAUGCUGUCUCAGGAAGCUUGGGAAAUAUUGAACAUGGCAACCAAUUUCAGUUAAAACGUAUGUAUGAGCACACUCUUCAGCGAACAGCCUACAACAUGACUUAUGGACCAUUUGGAGGCAUAAAAGGUCGUGAUUUGAUCUGUAUACAAUCUGUAGAUGGCAUGCUUAUGCUGUUUGAACAAGAAAGCUAUUCAUUUGGACGUUUUCUUCCUGGCUUUCUUCUGCCUGGUCCACUGACAUAUAGUUCUCGAACAGAUUCCUUUAUUACUAUUUCUUCUUGUCGACAGGUUGAGAGCUACAAAUAUGAAGUGCUUGCAUUUGCAAAAGAUGCUGAGACACAAGAAACUGAACAACAAAAACUUGGCUCUGGAAAAAGGCUUGUGGUGGAUUGGGUUUUAAACAUUGGAGAGCAAGCUCUGGAUAUAUGUGUCAUUUCAGUCAACCAACUUAUCUCCAGUGUGUUUGUGCUUGGGGAGAGGAACUUCUUUUGUCUUAAAGAUAAUGGGCAAAUUCGGUUCAUAAAAAAGCUUGACUGUAGCCCAAGUUGCUUUCUUCCAUAUGCAGUUUCUGGGACGGUAGUAAACACACUGAUUGGAAACCAUAACAGUCUCCUUCAUAUUUAUCAAGAUGUGUGCUUAAAGUGGGCUACUCAGCUUCCUCAUAUUCCUGUUGCAGUAAGAGUGGGGAAAUUACUAAAUCUGAGAGGAGUGAUAGUCACACUGAGUGAUAGUGGCCAUCUGCAAUGUUCCUACCUUGGCACAGAUCCUUCUUUGUUUCAAGCUCCUAAAGUUGAAGCUAGAGAUAUAAAUUAUGAAGAAUAUGAUGCAGAAAUGAACAAACUGCAGAAAAUAAUUAGAGAAGCCAGAAAAACCAAAGACAUUGUGCCUAAAUCUGAAAAAAGUGAAGAUAUUUCGCUCAGUGUGACUGUCUUGCCCGAUUUGGAUUCAGUGUCUCAAGCCACUGAUAGUGAAGUUACAGGAGAGGUGGUUCCUUCCACAUCUAUUAAGAUCAGAGUUGAAAGCAGACAGCUGAUGCUUAUAAAAUUAUCAGUACAUGUACAAUCACCAUUAGCACUGACUCAGGACAAAUUCAUCUUUGAAUUAGAACCAUAUGUACAUAAAACACUUCUAGUCUCUGCCUUUCUAAAAGGGAACAGUCCACCAGCAGAUCUGGAAGGUAGUGCUCUAGCUUCAUUCAGCACCCCAACAGAUCUCAGUCCAGAAGGUGUACCAAGAGUUGUUCAAUGCAAAUUUCGCUUACCGUUACAGUUGGUUUGCUUUCCAGUUCAGCCUUCAAAAACAGCAAGCCAGAAACUGACUAUUGAUACUAACAAGCUUCCAGUCAGUCUUGUUACACUUUUUCCAGACUUUUCUGACCAAACUGAGGAAGAUCAACUAAAUGCUUUAGGAUUUCAAUUAAUAGCUGGUUCUAGAGUCACUUUACUUGCUUCAAAAACAUCUCAGCGUUAUAGAAUUCAAAGUGAUUACUUAGAAGAUCUUUGGCUUAUUACAAAAGAACUUACGCUUCGCCUUGAAGAACAUUUUAGGAAACAAAAUUGCAAAGAUUUUGCAUGUAGCUUUUCUGGUCCAAUCCCAUUACAAGAAUAUUUUGAAAUAAUUGAUCACCAUUUUGAGCUGCGCUUGAAUGCUGCAAAAUAUGAGCAACUAUUAUCUGAAAGAGCAAUACAGUUUAGAGCUAUUGAACGACGCCUGCUGGCACGCUUUAAAGAUAAAACUCCAGCUCCUCUUCAACAUCUGGACACCUUGUUAGAAGGAACAUACAGACAGGUAAUAGCUCUAGCAGAUGCAGCUGAAGAAAACCAAGCCAAUAUGUUCCAGGCAUUCACAAAGUUGAAAAGUGCCACCCAGCUGGUAAUUCUCCUGAUUAGCCUGUGGCAGAAACUGAGUGCUGACCAAGUUGCUAUUCUGGAAGCUGCAUUUUUGCCAUUAAUACAGGAUGCUCAAGAGCUGGGUUGGGAAGAAAGUGUGGAUGCUGCUGUCUCACAUUUGUUGAAAACCUGUUUAUCCAAGAGUUCUAAAGACCAUGCCCUGACACUUUCCAAUCAGCUGUGUAUUCCCAAGGAUACUAAUAGGCUGAAGAAACACAUAACUGUGCUCUAUGACAGAUUGGCCAAAGGUGGUCAUAUGUCUCUAAAUACAGACGUUGACUCUCAGCAAACUGUGAUUCCGCAAGGUGGCUGUGCUACCAUACUAGAAUCUGACCUUGAAGAAAGAUCAGCCUCACAAGACUCCCCAGCCAUGUUUACCAAUCACAGGCACCUCAUGAAGCAGAAGACCAAAUCUGAUUUGCCACAGUAUGAAUUACAGGAAGCAGAAAAGCCAUGAAAAGCACAAGAGAACUCUCAGGAGGAUUUUUUAAAAGCUGUGCAUUUACAAUUCAACAAGAACAAUUUAUUUUCUUGUGCAGUAGACACAGUCAACCUCAAGAAGGAAGUCCACAAAUAGUGCAAAAUACUUCCAGUUGCAUCUAGGCCUCUGGUUUACUCCUAUUAGUACUUGACAUGCUUUUUCAUAACCAAGUUCAGGACCAGUGGAAGGAGUAAGCAGUCUUAUAGUAAUGUGCAGGUAUCAAUGUUCUGUAGAACUUAUAAUUGAAAGACUUUUGUGAACCAAGAAAUGCACACACACUCUUUUGCAUAUGCAUAACUUAUGUUUAAGAGUUACACAUUUUACAUCAUGUGGUAUUAUGCAAAUGAAGUAUGGUUUCUUGAUAGUAAGAUAUGGAGAAAGGUUAGUGAGAGGGGAACAAAACAAAUUGAAAUCUCCAGAUUUUGCAUGCUGAUCGGUUCCAAAUUGCAUAUAAUUUUUUUUGCAUGAAUUUAAAAUUUAUUUGGGGUUUGUUAUACAGGACCAACAGAAAUUUUGAAGAUCCUUUAUCCAAAAAAGAAGUUAGGUAUAUAGAUUGAAAGAGAAUGCUUUAUUUUAGUUGGUGUAAUUUGGUGGUAGGUGUUUGCCAAAUAUACUUGGUGGAUCCAAGUAGGGCAAAUUUUGGCUUUUCAGAUGUUUGACUGCAGUUUCCAUAACCAUGGUCAAUGGUAAGUAAUUAUGGGAGUUACAGUCCCAUCCACAGAGUCUCACUUGGUCUAACUUUUCAUGGACCAGUCUUACAAUGUUGGAUUUUCAAAUGAAAUUGCCAUUGUUUUUACAACCUGGGCAUUUAGAAAUUACAGCCCAAACAACUUUGGCUGCAAACAGACUUUGGCUGUAAAGUUUUAUAUACAGUAAUGCACACCAGAAGAAAGCAUGUUAAAUGAGUAAUGAAGUCAAGAUGAAAACAGUGUUAAUUCAGAAACGUGUACAACCAUCUGAAAAUAACUCAGGCCUCAUUCCAAAGCUACAUGCUCCAAUUAAAACAUAUGAUUCUCUUUUCGUUUUGGUCUAGUUGUUGUACCACAUCAAAUUACAAAAUUGCUGCUUAUUUGGCAGUAUAUAUAACAUGAAUUCUAAGCGAUCCUUCCAGCACUUUCUUGGGCAAAUACAGAUUUUUAAAAAACAAUCUCUGCAUGCAAUAUUGUGACAAAUGGUCCAGAUCCCAUAGGUUGACAUGAUACAUACAUGUUAACAAUAUUAGCAUGUUAAAUGUACAACUAGACAUUUAGAAAAAUAUUUUUUUCUCAAAUAAGUGAAAGUGACUUUUUCAGUAGUACAUAAAUCUGUGCACAAUUGUGCAUGAAAACACACCUAUUUCCCUCACAAAUAGUUAAUUUUAUACUUUUUAUAGUAGGAAUGAAAAUCAUGCAACUCUCCAGAAGUUGUCAGAUUGCAAUUAUCAGUAUUCCUUGUGAAAAGUUAGUUUGUAUUCUGGAAUUUGCAGUCUAACAACAUCAGGAAGGGCUGCAGUGAUUCCCACCUCAUCUUUAUAGAUCUGAUUGAAUGCAACUACUUGCUAUUUGUCCUAUUUCAAAUCAAUAGUGACUUAUUGGUCAAGUGGGUGGAAAUAAAACACAGUUAUUCCCAAUAUACAACUUUUCUAAUUUUUUUACAAAUUGAUUAUAGUUCCAUUUCUUCCCCGUAAAUACAGGUCACCUCAGAUAUCUGUACCAUCAAUGAUACAAAUUUCCAAAGUAAGCAAGCCACUGAAAGUCCCUGUCACAGUUUGAAGGCACAAAUAAGUACCAAUUAAUCCAUCUUAAAAGAAGCAGUUCUUGUUGACAAGGCCCAAGGAAUGUAGGUAGAAUUGAUAACUUCUAUAUCCUCUUCAAUCUAAGGGAGAGUAUUAAGUUGCAGGCAUGAGUCUUCCACUGAAAUGCUUUUCUUCACCUGAAUUAUGCCCACUGUCAUUAUGUUCUGUUCUUGUGUCUGGUGAUUAUAGUACUACAUUUUGUUAUUCCCACAUUUUUUCUUGUUCCAUACAUUUUAUUCAUGGUUCUAGUUCAACAUUUUCUCUGUGAAAUUCUCUCCAGCGUGGAAUUUGAGAAUUCAAUGACAUUCCUGUCACCUUUUUCUAUACAUUAAAUUCUUUAAAUCUGUUGCUGCCAUUUCUCAGGAUUGACUUUUUUGUCCAGUCCAAUUCAGACAAGGGGACAGAGGUUUAAAUCAUCAUGCCAGGAAGAAGCUUGCAAAGCAGUAGGCUUUCUUUAGUAAAUUUGAACAUGCUGCCUUCUCUGUAUGUUGAUUCAAUCCCUAUUUGCACCUAUGAUUAGCAAUUCUGUAAUUUAGUGAAAUAAAUGUUAGACAUUGCCAGUUUGCUGCUUAUUGGUAAUAGUAAUCUACAUAAAUUGUGCUCUAUGGGGAGUUUUAUCUGCUUGGCUUUUUGCUGACUAUAGUCUUUUCUGUUCCCCCCUCGCAUUAGUGCUAGUUAAUGUGGAGUUUGACUCUUGCUUUACUACUUGAUCUUUUUUUCAGAUUUCUGUUUGUUUGCCCAUAGCAUCCUUUGAAGGAGGCCAUCUAAGUAGGCUGAGAUUUAUUUAGAAACAACUUGUGCAGAUUUGCAUAGUAUUAAUUUUUACAGUAUUGUAGUGUUUGAACUUGAAAAGUCAGUUUGUUGUUAGCUCUGGAAUUUGUUGUGAUGUAAAAGAAUGCUUUGAAUGGAAACAUCAACAUUCUUUAGGCAAGCUUUUGUUUGUGGGUUAUAUCUAUGCGUCUUUGUUCUCUUUCUGCUUCUGGAACUUGGUUUCAACAGAUGAUUCUGAAAUGAUGCUGUUUAAUGAUAAUGGCCUCAUCUUAACGGUGUAUGAGUUGGACCCAGAUUUUAUGUCACAUUUUUAUUUGUAUUUUCCAGCGAGAGAAAUUUGGAAAUUGUCACGCAAGCCAAAUGACCCGAUUGUACACGAAAGGGAUGUACAUAUGUGUGUGUGUGUCUCUGUGUCUCUUUUUCAAGGACCACCGAACAUUCAUGGGGAACUAAUCCAUUCCCUGAGCUUUUCAGUUUAAAAUUAAACACAGUUCGAAACCUCUUUUUUGUGGUCUGUCACAGUUCUCUUCCAGAUAACUGAUAAAAAAAACCCAAUUUUGGAAUUCUUUAUUGUUGCAUAUGAUGGCCCUUUUGUGGUUAAAGUUAUUUUGAAGUAAGAGUGGUAUCUGAUUUUUCCUGAGUAUGUUCUUUUAAAUUUUGAAUGUCUGCAUUUUCAAUAGAUCAGUAUCUCACAGAAGAACCAGUAAAAAGUAACAUUAGUUAUCAAUAUUUUCCAUCAAACUUUACAUAUGUUGUUCUAGUUAUUGAACAGGGGAACAUGUGAAUUCAAGAAAAGGGGAAAAGCUGGUUGUUCUGCCUUAGUUCCCACUGUGACUGGAUUAUAUGAGUUCAGACUCCAUAUAUGAAUGCUUGUCCAUCACUCUCCCCCUACUCCAAUCCCGGAUAUGGAAGUCACUAUGUUGGCAAAGAAUUUCAUUCAAUCUUCUCUUGAAUAGCUUGGUGUUUUUAAUAUUUUCUUUCCUGGAGUGCUUCUUUGUGAGGGAACCUCCAUUUACUGACUGAAUUGGAAGAAUUAAAAUGAAGGCUUGCCAUUUUCAGCAAGAGGUAAAGUAUUGUAGGAAAUGUAGGGGUCAAGGAAAUAUUGCGCCCAUGAAUUCUGUGCACAGAUAUUUUUGUUUUUAGAAGGAAUCACAGAAACAUAUAAAUAUUACCUAAUUUCCCUUAAGACCUCCAUGUAUUUGAUGGCAAGUUUAUUUGUCUUGCCUGCCCAAAUAUCUCUUCAUUGGAAUAAAGAAGCAGAACGGAAUAAAUACACAACUCACGGAUAUGUUAGGUUUUUAGAAAAUAAUUUUAAAGAUUCAGAAUUACUAGAUCAGCCCUGCCCAAUCUGAUGUUUUUCAGAUAUUUGGGGGCUUCAGCAGCUUUACGUAGCAUCACUGAAACAGUUCACAAGUUCAGAGAAUUGUAGUCCAGAACAGCUGGAAGCACUUGCUAGAGAAGGUGAAGCAGAUAUUUAAGCAAAAGAAUCUUCUUCAAAACAGCUUAAAAUACAAGAUGUCUUCAUUUUUCAAUUGUAUGAAGACAUCAUGCAAAAUUCUAAGACUUUUAAAAGCCAUGUUUAUAACAUAAUAGAGCAACAAUAACUUUCAUUUUGUCCAAACACAUUAUUCUGGAUUACAAAAGAAUAUCCGAGAAAUUAUUCCAUAACUCCAUUAUUGACAAGGAAGUUCCAUCUAGAUUUGAGUUGGAAAUUUGAAUGCUUCGUGUACUACAUACCCAAGCACUCAGAGCUAUAACUCCUGAACUACAGACUUGUUUUCCACUAGUGAUGCAGGGUUGCAGAGGCUUAAUUAAAUAAAUAAUAUUUUAUAAUUAAAUAAUACUAAUUUACCUCAGCUAGACAGUUGGAUCUUUGCCUUUAACAAGGUUGAUUAGCAUGCAGAAUAGAGACACUAUGCUGAAUUUAUUGAAAUAUUUGAAAUUCCCAUUGAAAUUCAGGCUAUAAUGAAAACUAACUUCACAAAUAUUGAGCAUUUGGAUAGUUUCUGAUCCUUUUACACUCUUGCAUUUUGUGGGUCAACAUAUCCCUGACUGGAAUCGCUUUGAUCGUCACAGGAUUAGUGAAAACCUUGUCAUUCUUACACAUCCUUAGGUGGCUGGUAUGUUCCACCCUCAUUGUUUGCACCUUUUUUUUUUUUUUGCAGUCUUGGUGUAUGAUGUGAAUGGGCACAGUCCAAAGAUACAGAGAGACUAUUGUACAAUCCCCAUUCACAUACCUCUAGGACCUGACCUGCAAAGAAAAUAUGGGUAUGAAAAGACAUUGAAAAUAUAGGUUAUAUUCAUAGACAAGCUCUUGUAAUAAUGUAAAGAGUUCUUUUGAUUUUUGAUAACACAAAGUCAUAUGUUAUACAAAUCUGUUAUACAAAGGAAACAUUUGAAGUAGGGGCUUUGGAACCAUUUUGGAAACUGAUUUUCAAUAUAAAGAAUAGCAUGUCUGAAUGUCCACAAGCAUAAUGUCAGUUUCAAUAAGAUAAAUUUGACUGCCAAAACCAGAAAAGCCAAAGUCAAAUGACUAUGUGUGUGCAAAAGUUGUAACAACAAUAAGCCAAAUUGAUCAUUUUGGAGGACUACAUGUGCAAGAUGUCAACACAUUGCAAAAGCCAAUGAACACAGUACUGCUGACUAAAAUGUGAUGUUGUGCAGCAGUAUUAAGUAGUUACAUGGUUAUUAAAAAAACACAAUCAUUUGGAUAUAAACCCAGUUUUCUUAUGUAAAGUUUAAUUACAUUUUGGUAAGGAAUAAAACUGUAAACAGCUUUCAUUUUUCCUAUGAGAAAAUUUUUAUUUACACAAAAUAGGCAUUAGUUCAUCAGCUUAUUUAAAAUA